ACACUUUUACGUUCCACAUCUCUACCUCCGAAAUCUCCCUUGAUCAUGCGAUCUCCGACUCUUGACUCCCUUCUGCCUAUAACAAACGUGGGCUGGAACGGAAUCGAAAUUCAGGACUCGGAGUCACCUUCUUCGAGUCUGUUCAGAACGAGCUUCUCAGACGGGCGUAAAUGGACUGCGCUCGAGCCGGCGCCGGAGGAGAGGACGCCUGCGGACCCGAGGUCGCCGAUUAUCUCUGAGGCUACGGAAUGCUCGGCCAACGCACCCACUCUGGAGCUCCUCACGGAGGAGAAUUUGAGACAGUUGGAUCAUUCCACUGCUCUCGCCCUCGACCUAUUCCGAUUCCAAAACUCAAAGCACGAAGCGUGUCUCUAUGACGAUCACGAGCUCGACCUAUUGUCCCAGCUCCAGCACCAUCACGCACCGGAAUAUUCAUUAUCUUCCGGAAACUCCUGUCUAUUCGACCCCUUCAACGCGGACGCCGGUGAGCCGUUCUUAGACGACGACUCUGAGAUAUCCCCGGUCAUUUUCCACACCGACACCCUGGACCGACCCGUUUACGAUCCGAUACCUCUCCCACCCGAUUAUACGUACCAGCCGCGCCCGCGAAGCUGCGUCCGCACCCGGAACCGGACGCUCACACGUCAUGUAUCCGCGCACAUUAUGUCGCCCGUCUUCGAGGACUGGGAGUCGACUGGGACAACGCCGUUUGGACGGCACGGCUGGGACCCGCUCGAGAGCUUUGAGAUCGCGUUUGGGUACCGGAUGCCGGUGGUCGGGCCGUGUAUUGGACGGGAGGAGAACUUUCGGGGUGAUAUGUAUUAUGCCGGGAUUCAGGGCGUGGCGAUGGAGGAGUCUUAUGGCUAUGAAGAUCUGGACCAGGACGCUUUUGUCAUCUACGAGACGGGGAGGAAUUGAUACAGUUUCUCCAUGACACGUCAUGUUUGUGAGAGAUCUCGCUCGCAGGAAGCAUUUUUCUGAGCCCUUGCCCAUGUCGCCUUGUUCGGUCGUGACUGGGGAUGGGAGGAAUCGGAUUAGAGUCACCGGCCCAGCUCCGUUCAACCUAGUCUCACGUGAAAAUCACAGCCAC